AAAGGAUUGGACAACCAAUGGCAUCCCUCAGGGUCCUCUUCAUGCAGCCUGCAAACAGGGGUCGGGGAGGACUUGUUCGUCACUGCGCCCACUCGCCCGAACUGUGAAUGUCUCCCGUCAAAUCAUCAACACCGCUCCCCGCGGGCUGUGGCGGUCCUCGGGGGGCGGAAACACACGUAUACAGGCACAACCUUCGGCACCGGAGGCGUCCUGUCCAGCCACGGCCCAUACACAGGGCAACCCCCUUCCUACCUUACCUUCCGAAAUCUGCCUUGUGAAAGGCUUGUCCAUUCAUCAUUCUCCCUGCUGACCGCAGCGUACUGCAGAUGCAACGUGGAUUCGGGUCAUGGCAUGACCUGCAUACCUAGGCUAUCAACCUGUCAGACAGGAUCUCCCAUCUCGCAUUGUCUCCUGAUACGGACUCGACAAGAUCAUGGUGGGUGUCAUUCACCCUUCCAGAAACACCACGCGGAGUUCCCCUGUGAUGGCAAGGUGAUAUCGUGAAUCAUUUUUUACUCAUAUCUCCGAGGCUUACGGAUACCUACCUACUACCUUACAUCUUGGAUCGUAUCAUGAAAAAGGUCAGCAAGUUGCAAGAUGGCCGGUUUUCCGUUCAGAUGGUGCUGAACUUGCUUGGAGGCCCCGCCAUUCAGCUGUCUUGCCAGCGCCUUACCAGGUUUUUCAUAGCGUACCCACCAAGAAUUGUUAGUGCAGCGGAAGUGAGUGAGCUGAUGGCCGGCAGUUGGGUCGCUUGCAUGGAUUAGUUUUGUGGACCGUUUGACGACAGGCCUCCUCCAAGCAGAACAUCACCAACUUCUUUGACGAUGUCUUGAGAGAAAGCAAAGAGAGUUAUGUCUAUGAAACAUUGCGGAGAUUGGCGCUUCUAGGGUCCCUGCCAUCGUCAAUAACGAGAGCAGAGGUUUCCUUCUUGGGAUUGGUGGCCUCUGAAGAUGAGGUCAAAACUCACCCAAGAGAGCAACCGCUGAGGUGGUUUGACAGUUCUUGACAUGGAACAAACGAAACACCUGGCAGUCAGCAAACACCCGGCUUCUCUACAGGCUGCAAUCGCUGCCUAAUACCGUGCUUGCAAGAGAAUGUUAGGCUGGCAUCUCGGAUGUGGUUCCAGAUUGCUCCGAUAUCACCAUCUGUCAUUCCAUCUUAUCACACUUGCCUCUGGUUGCUCCUUCCCAAAGCCAAACUUCCAGUUACAGGAGAUGAAACUGGACAGAAUUUACCAGAGUAUUCAUACCUUGGAGUAAGUGCAAAGUCUACGGUAUAUUAUCAACGUGACUGCCCUGAGCUCCUUCCUCGCAACUCUCAGAGCAACUCUUCCGCCCCGCCUGUUUGUUUCCAGGUUGUUGCCUUCGCAGAACAUUCCUCAUUCAAUCUCUUGUUUUUUGAAUUCAGAGGGCAGGAUCUCGCGUCGAUAUCACAUCUCUAAGCCUCUUUCCUCAUUCCAACCUUUCUUCUUCGGGCAACCCGGCCACAUUUCCCUCACCCGACCCCUUCGUCCUCAAUACUUUGCAGCCGUAUCCUAGAAAUCAUGGACUUCUCGCCGACAGGCACCGCCUCGAUCGGCGACCAGGUCUACGGGAGCCAUGACGCCAAGAUCCCGGAUAUCUCUGAACAGACAAAGCUAUUCAAUGAAGCAAUGGAGGGCAAGCCUGACGACAAGGGCAAGAAGAAGAAGAAGAAGAAAAAGAAAUCUAAAGCCACCAAGCCGACCGGGUUUGAGGAGUAUUACUGCGAGCCGGUGAUAACUCCCGCCGAGGCUUGGGACGAGAAGAACCUGAUUUAUUCUCCCGACCGUUCCUUUGUGGAGCGCAUCGAAGAGGGCAUCCAACGGUACCGUGCCCGGCGCCGCCUGGAUGCCGUCCGAAACCAGGUCUUUACUCAGUACCUCAUCCUUGGCGGUGUCGAUGCCACUGCUCGCCAGUUCCAGGGGGCGGAUAAGCUGCCUGAUGACCUGAUCCGGGAGUCUACCAAGGGCGAGCUGAGAGACAUGGUGUCAGAUGAUGUGAUUCAUCGUGGGGGGGAGGGUGGUGGCCGGUUCUAUCAUCCGGCCAGUUCUGAGCAUUGGGAUGUGGACUUUACGGGGGUUGUGGCUGGGUUCAUGUCUCACAAAGUCCUUGACAUGUCUGGCGGCGAGAUGGAAAUGAUCUGGAUCGCCUCGAACACCAUCCAGAAUUUUCUCAAGUAUUUGAUCCUCCAUGAUGUCUGCCCCGAGCACGCCGACGAUAUCAAUAGAGCCAUCAAGCUUUGUGACCAAGCCUUUGAGGAGAUUGGUCUCGUGAGCAACGCUUUGGAACUGGUUCCGGGUGCCUUCAACCGCUCGGUUGCGGCACUCCACUGCGAGGAAGAGGACGGCGAUGCUAUUUCUCUUCUUGUUGACAACAAGGAUCUUGACCGCAAUCAUGCCCUCCACACCGUGGCUCUCAUCGCGACUUUGGUCCUACCCACUCUUGGUGGUAGCAGCACGCCCAAUGUCAACGCUAUGGAGGUGACCAACCCUAUCGAGCGCACCUUUGAGAUCACAUCCAUCACCCCACCCACAAAAGAGAUGCGCCAAAGGGUAGCCGUCGUCAGCGAGCACCUCAGAAAGUCUAACCCAUCCGCCCCUCCCAUCCAGGCCUGUGGCACAAUGCAAGGUCACCCAGUUAUUGUCCUAGACGGGUGGGACGUCACUGAUAAGCUCACCGAUGAAGAAGCCAAGGAGGAGUCCUCGUUUAUUCUUGAAGAGCUGAUUCUCGAGCAGCUGAGGGUGGGCAUGAAGCUGACGAUUGGGGUUUCGACUUGCACUUUUCCUGGGGGUGGGGCCUUCAAGGUGGUUCGCUAUGUCAAGGGAAUCAAGCCGAGCUUUUACACGUUCUUGCCACAGGAUUUGAUGAGGUAUUGGAAGGAGCCGGUGCCGAAUGAGAGACCUGGGCCUAGUAUUCAUGAUAGGCAUGAUUUGCUUGAGUUGGCGGUGGGUGAGGAUGAGGCGGAUGAUUGAUUUCCUUUUGGGGUACUUUCGCUGCAAAAAAGGGGGAAUGGAUGGCGUUGGGGUUACAUCGUAUGGAGAUGAAUGGGAAUCUGUGAUGGAAAUAUGAAGAGGCAUGGCGUUGACUUCGAAUUAGGAUUCGGGACAAGAACUUGAGUUUAGUGCGUCGAGAAAUGCCAUCUUCAUGAGUCCUGCUUCCGGUGACCUGAACGUGAUCAGGAUGUGAACAGGGAGG